CCCAGACUGCGAAGACCUCGCUCACGUGCUUCUGUGCCCGCCGAGUCCCUCAUCAGCAGCUCUCAUCCCGUCCAGAGGAGGCGGGACCAGUCCUGCAAAUCUGUGAUUUCUUGGAAAAAGAUAAGGGCCGGAGCCCCAGCUGCUGGAGGUGCCAUGACUCAGCCGCCGUGGGAGGGCUUCAACCGGAGCGCGGAGGCCGCGGAGGCGUGGAUGGCGGCCGUGCAGGAGCAGCUGCGGAUCAACGAUGACACCCGCGGGCCCCGGGCCGCCCUGGAGGCCAGGCUGCGGGAGACGGAGAAUAUCUGCCAGCUGGAACCCGAGGGGCGUGUGAAGGUGGAUCUGGUGCUGCGGGCGGCCGAGGCCCUCCUGGCAUGCUGCCAUGAGGACCAGAAGCCCAAGAUCCUGGCCCGGCUGAAGGACAUCAAGGCCCAGUGGGAGGAGACUGUCACCUACAUGACUCACUGUCACAGCCGCAUCGAGUGGGUGUGGUUGCACUGGAGCGAAUACCUGCUGGCCCGAGACGAGUUCUACCGCUGGUUCCAGAAGAUGAUGGUCACUCUGGAGCCCCAGGUGGAGCUGCAGCUGGGCCUGAAGGAGAAGCAGUGGCAGCUGAGCCACGCCCAGGUGCUGCUGCACAACGUGGACCACCAGGCCGUGCUCCUGGACCGGCUGUUGGAGGAGGCGGGUUCCCUCUUCAACAGGAUCGGGGACCCCAGCGUGGACGAGGAGGCCCAGAAGAGCAUGAAGGCCGAGUAUGACGCAGUGAGGGCCAAAGCCCAGGACCGGGUGGACGUGCUGGCGCGGGUGGCCGGGGAGCACGAGCAGUACCAGGCGAGCGUGGACGAGUUCCAGCUGUGGCUGAGGGCGGUGGUGGAGAAGGUGCACAGCUGCAUGGGGCGGGGCUGCGAGCUGCCGGCCCAGCUCCGCCUCUCGGCGCUGCAGGACAUCGCCCAGGAAUUCCCCAGGGGCCAGGCGUCUUUGCAGAGGCUGCAGGAGCAGUCUGUGGGCAUCAUUCAGAACACCUCUCCUUUGGGUGCAGAGAAGAUCUUGGGAGAACUGGAGGAGAUGCGGAAGGUUCUGGAGAAGCUGCGAGGCCUCUGGGAGGAGGAGGAGGAGCGGCUGCGAGGUCUGCUCAAGUCCAGGGGGGCCUGCGAGCGGCAGAUUGCGCAACUGGAGGCAGAGCUUGGAGAGUUCAGGAGGGGCCUUCAGAGGCUGGCCCAGGAGGGCCUGGAGCCUGCAGAGAAGGAGGCAGGGACGGAGGACGAGCUGGUGGCCCGCUGGAGGCUGUACUCGGCGACGCGGGCAGCCCUGGCCUCCGAGGAGCCCCGGGUGGAGCGGCUGCAGGCCCAGCUGAGGGAGCUCGUGGCCUUCCCUGACCUACAGCCACUCUCGGACAGCGUGGUGGCCGCCAUCCAGGAGUAUCAGAGCAUGAAGGGGAGGAGCACCAGACUCCGCAGCGCUACAGGGGUGGAGCUGUGGCAGCGUUUCCAGCGGCCCCUGCACAGCCUGCAGCUCUGGAGAGCCUUGGCCCAGCGGCUCCUGGGUGUCACCGCCAGCCUGCCGGACCUGCCCUCCAUUCACACCUUCCUGCCCCAGAUAGAGGCGGCCCUGGCGGAAAGCUCCCGCCUCAAAGAGCAGCUGGCGAUGCUGCAGCUGAAGACGGACCUGCUGAGCAGCAUCUUCGGCCAAGAGAGAGCCACCGCUCUCCUGGAGCAGGUGGCGAGCUCCGUGAGGGACAGGGACUUGCUGCAUAACAGCCUCCUGCAGAGGAAGAGCAAGCUGCAGAGUUUGCUUGCUCAGCACAAGGACUUCGGGGCUGCUUUUGAACCCCUACAGAGGAAGCUCUUAGACCUCCAAGUCAGAAUCCAAGCUGAGAAAGGGCUUCAGCGGGACCUUCCUGGAAAACAGGCCCAGCUCUUGAGGUUGCAGGGGCUGCAGGAAGAGGGGCUGGAGCUGGGGCUGCAGAUCGAGGCCAUGAAGCCUCUCGUCCAGGGGAAUUCCAACCACCAGCACAGGAUGGACCAGCUUGCUUCUGACCACCAGGCCCUGCAGAGGCCUCUGGAGGACCUGGUGGACAGGUGUCGGCAGAGCGUGCAGGAGCAUUGCACCUUCAGCCACCAGCUGCUGGAGCUGCGGCAGUGGGUCACUGUGGUCACUCGGAUGCUGGAGUCACACCAGCAGGACAUGGGCCCGUGGGACGCUGCAGCCCGAGAGGCCGAGGUGGAGAGGCUGCUGGCUGAAUUCCCAGAGAAGGAGGCCCAGCUGCCCCUGAUCGAAGCACAUGGCCAGCUGGUGAUGGAGAAGUCGUCUCCUGAGGGGGUGGCCUUGGUCCAGGAGGAGCUGAGGGAGCUGGCGGAGUCCUGGCGGGCCCUGAGGCUGCUGGAGGAGAGCCUACUGAGCCUCAUCAGACGCCAGCAGCUGCAGAGUGCAGAGGUGGACUCCGGGAAGAAACUGGUCUUCACCAACAACAUCCCAAAGUCUGGGUUUCUCAUCAACCCCGAGGAUCCUGUUCCCAGGCAUCGUCGUGGGGCCAAUCUGCUGGAGGAAGAAGGAGGCAGCCGUGAAGAUUUCUCCCAGUUCCUGAGGGACUUUGAGCGGUGGCUGCAGGUGGAGAAUUCCAAGCUGGUUCGAAUCAUUGCAAUGAGAACCACCACAGCCAAGGACUUGAGGACCAGAGAAGCGAAGUUGCAGGAGCUAGAGGCUCGAGUGCCAACUGGUCAGCAUCUCUUCGAGAACCUCCUUCGUCUCAGGCCAGCAAGGGGCACCUGGGAUGAGCUGGAAGAUCUGCGCUACCGCUGGAUGCUGUACAAGUCCAAGCUCAAGGACUCUGGCCACUUGCUGACGCUGAGUUCUCCAGGGGAGUCCACCGGAUUCCACAAGACGCGGCGGCGGCGGGCCCCGUGCGGGCUCUUGCGGAAGGCGUGCUGCGUGGCGCUCCCGCUGCAGGGGCUGUUCCUGCUCUUCCUGCUCCUGCUCCUCCUGCUGCCGGUGGGGGAAGAGGACCGCAGCUGCACCCUGGCCAACAACUUCGCCCGCUCCUUUGCGCUCAUGCUCCGCUAUAACGGCCCUCCGCCCACCUAGCCCACCGGGCGCUCAGGUGAUGUCCUUUCCCGACCACCAGCCGUCCCAGGGCUCCUGUGGUCGCCUGCUGGGGACACUGGAACCGGGCAGGCCAGAGACCACAGAGCUGCCUCGGCACGAAUCCCGCGUCGGGGUUUCCGGAACAAACUUACUUUUUAUACAGUGCUGUCUUCGUCUAUUUAUACCCGGAUGUGUCCGCAUGUGGCUAGGGAAUCAUGCACAGGAUUUUCAUAUGCACUCAUGCAAGCGCUCAGCUAGUAUGAUUUCAUAUACGAGGGCUCUUUGUGGUCAGGAAAAUCCCUACCGGUGUUCUUCUCCAGUGGCACUUGGUGGCAUCUGUGCCUUGGCCUGCAUCGGCCCACAGAGCUUUAUGACAAGCUCUGACCUGGAAGCCAGCCCCAAACCCAGGUGUGAGUGCGAAGGCCUCUGAGCUGUGAGCACAGAGGGGGGAGCAGACCCCCUCAGAGCCCAGGGGCUCCUGCUUUACGCCCAGGGGUCAAGCAUGCUUGUCUGGUUUUAAAACCUCAAGGAUUUGACGUCUUGGACGAGCAGUGGAAAUAGCGCAGGUGGGAGAAGGCAGGGGUGAGAGCAGUGAGAACCGAAGGGGACAGCGUGAAAUCCAGGGAGGAGCGGUGACCCUGAAGGCAGUCACAGAACUAAGAAAGCACAGCGCAAGGGCUGCUGAGCGCGGAGCAGGGCGACCCAGGUCCUGACCGGAGUCCGCAGGAGGGGCUUGGGUUCCGGCUGGCGUGUCCUGUUCAGGGAGAAAGGGACCAGCUGGGCUUUUAUUCCACUGGAGGGUGAAACACCCGGUGCAGCAGCCUGACAGCUGCGGGGGCGUCGCCCGGCCUCUGCCCAGGACUGAAUUUCAUCUCCUAGAACCCGAGCUGAAGGGGAGCGGCCACACCGGGCUGGGUGGAGGGUCCAGCACAGAGCCUGGCCUUGGCCUUGGAGUGCACCCUGCCUGAAGGGUGCUCCCUCCCAUCCCACAGGGGACAUGGGAGCAGCCAGGUCACCAGACCAUGAAUGUCCCUCCUGCAACCCCACAGGGGUCCAGGGCCCAGGCCACCAAUGGGACCCCCGGGCCAGGUCUAGGCUCAUGGCUCCAUGCACUGCCUGGGGUGGGACCAAGGCGCUCCACGUUGGGCCCAGCCAGAAAUAUCUCCUCCUCACAGGGGAUUCUGGGAGGGUUCCCAAGUGCCUUCAGAGUGGACCACGUUUCCAUAAAUGGACGCCAAAUUUUCUUUUUUAAAGAACAUACUUAGUGUCCACUUUUACAAACAGAUUUUAUCUAUUGAUAGAUAUUUUACCUAUUUUCUCAACUACUAGCAGGAGGCCCGAGGGGAGUUUCAGACUUGGAAUCAGAGCAUUACAGACCCAGAGAGGCACUUCCACAGAGCGGCAAGGGAGGCCCAGGAGGGUCCCAAGCCCCAGACCACUGCUGGCGCCACACACAGACCCCUGCCCCACCCUAGUGCCAGGCUGGUCACGGGGCAGCAAUCCUCCCGGGCCCUGUGGCUGGGGAAACAGUGCUAGGGCUCUGCGGCACCCGCUCAGAAAGCACACCUCUCCCCAGAAGUUUGGAGGCCAAUCUCAAAGACCGUUCUCAGUGGGCGGCCACCUUACUGGAAAGUCGGGGGCUGGGUGACCCAGAGCUCAGGCCCAGGCAGCCACGCACAGAUGCUUCCUCGUUCAUUGGUCCAGCCCUGGACCAGAGCUGUGGCACAGGACACUGAGGCCUGCCACUUCUACUCUCCUGUGUCACAGGCAAGAAAUCUGAGGCCCAGAGAGGGAAAGUAACUCACCCAUGGCCACACAGCAAGAGGCGGGGCCAGAGCUGAACCAGGCACAAUGCCCUGCUCACUAUAACACCACCCCCCACAUUAGCACCUUCAAAAAGGAAGAGUCAGACUGGGUUGUGGCUCAGUGGUAGAGCAUCUGCCUGGCAUGUGUGAGGCCCUGGGUUCAAUCCCCAGCACUACCAAAAAAAAAAAAAAACAGUUUUUCAUGAAUGUAAUUUUGUCACAUAUGCCCCA